CCGCUCCACCCUCCACCGACGCCUCUGUCGUCAGGCCAGGCGGUCACCACCACCACGCCACCGACCAGUUGCCGCGUUCCCGGAUCCUCACACGGCCAGCCCACCCGGACCCGGAAACCCGCGCGCGCGCGUAUUAAUAACGGCCACCUCUCUCUCUCUCUCUGUCUCUCCCGCCCCGAAGCCCACGCACCUAGCGACUAGCGCAGAUUCGUUCCACGCCCCCCUCCCCUCGCCCGCGCUCCCAGAUCUCGCACGCCUCCCGCAAGGGUAACUUUGAGCUAUGGGCACAGUUGUGGAUGCUCCAGCAGUUGUGGCUGAGGAGGUGACUGAGAACAUGUUAGGUGGCAAGAAAGUUACAGUUGUAUUUGUUCUAGGUGGUCCUGGAAGUGGAAAAGGCACACAGUGUGCUAACAUUGUGGAGCACUUUGGAUUCACCCAUCUUAGUGCUGGAGAUCUUUUGCGUGCAGAGAUCAAAUCUGGCUCUGAGAACGGAACCAUGAUUGAGAACAUGAUAAAGGAGGGAAAGAUUGUUCCAUCGGAGGUAACUAUAAAGCUGUUGCAGCAGGCAAUGAUAAAAAGUGAAAACGACAAAUUCCUGAUCGAUGGAUUUCCAAGGAACGAGGAGAAUCGUGCAGCAUUUGAAAACGUUACCAAAAUUUCUCCUGCAUUCGUGCUAUUCUUUGACUGUUCUGAGGAAGAGAUGGAAAGACGUCUUUUGGGGCGCAAUCAGGGGAGAGUUGAUGAUAACAUUGAGACUAUUAAGAAAAGGUUCAAAACUUUUGUUGAAUCAAGUCUGCCUGUCAUAGAGCAUUAUAACUCAAAGGACAAGGUUAAAAAGAUUGAUGCUGCAAAACCAAUUCCUGAGGUGUUUGAAGACGUCAAAGCCAUUUUUGCCCCAUAUGCGCCAAAGGCUGAAUAGAGCAAUACAAGGGACACCUUAAAAGGUUAUGCAUGGUGCCAUAGGCACCUCACAAACAUAUUUGUGAUUAUGAACCCUUUAAUAUAGAAGAAAAGUUUUGGCUCAUGUGAGCUAGCAGCAUAUCAGUAGGCAAUUCGAUUUGUUACCAGCAAUAAGUAGAUCUGAUUCCCAGCGGUCCUGCUAGAGUAACAUUUUAUUGUCGUCAGUGUAUCCUUUGGAUAUUGUUGUACCAAUGUGUAAUUUACUGCAUGGAUGGACCAUGAAAACCUUCUCCCCACCCACACCUGUUGUACCAAUGUGGCAUUGCGGAAAGUAAAACUGCCGUCAUAUUCUUUUAUAAGUGAUACGAUUAUUCUUGUAGCCCUUCAAAUAUCUCUUGAACAGCAUUUCACUGGAUUUUUGUUUGGUCGCUUUGCAA